AACAAAGAAAUUAAGCAACAAUGAAAUAUCCCAGAUUGUAAUUAUUAAAACUGUGAUCCAUUUUUCUUACCAAAACUCAAACUGAUCUUUAGAUACUGAAGUGCUUCAACUGACAACAUUGUGCUUGUAAGAGAACACAGUAAGCAAACUGUGUUCCCCCUUCUCCAAGAUUUUGUUAUACAUACAUACAUGUUGUAUAUUUACAUCUUGUAAUUAGACUUGACUCUGUAUUAUUGAUCUUGAGUCUAUGUGAUUAUAUGGAAUUAUGGAUCCAAUCUCGCCUUCAAAAUCGAAACUUGAGGUUAUUAGAUUGAUUCGAAGUCGAAAAGAUUGAAUUUUGGGGUAGCCCUUCUUGUGAUUUUGCUGUUUAUGGUGUUUAUUGUUAGUUAGAUUUCAAAGACUACAUAUUUCAGUGUUGUAUUGGAUUGUGGAAAUUUUAUGUGAUUAUAUGGAAUUAUGGAACCAAUUUCGCCUUCAAAAUCGAGACUUGAGGUCACUGGAUUCAAUGGAAGUCGAAAAGUAUUGAAAAUUGGGGUUGCCCUUGUUGUGAUUAUGUUGUUUGGGGUUUUUAUUGUUAGUUAUAUGUCAAAGACUACAUUUUUUACUGUUGUAUUGGAUUGUGGAAGUAGUGGUACAAGAGUGAAUGUUUAUGAGUGGAGGAAAGGGGGGUAUUUGAGUAAUUCUGAUUUACCGGUUUUGAUACAUUCUUAUCCAGAUGAUUCAGUGAAGAUUGAUGGUGAAUUUAGUCAGAAGGGUGGUUGUUUUUAUCAUUGUGUGCAGACGGAGCCUGGUUUGGAUAAAUUUUUGGGGAAUUUUUCGGGAGUGAGGGAAUCUGUGGAACCGUUGAUUCAUUUGGCAGAAUUGUGGGUGCCUUUGGAAAGACACGGGGAGACUCCUAUAUUUGUUUUGGCUACUGCAGGAUUGAGGCGGUUACAAGCUGACGAUGCGAAAAAGAUUUUGAAGGAUGUAGAGGAUGUUGUAACAGGCCAUGGUUUUAUGUUUAAGGAAAGCUGGAUUAGGGUAUUGAGUGGGAAAGAAGAAGCUUACUAUGGCUGGGUUGCAUUAAACUAUCAAAUGGGGAUUUUUGGGAAUUUAUCAAGAUUGCAUAGUCUUGGGCUUCUUGAUUUAGGAGGUUCAUCAUUGCAAGUGGUGACAGAAGUUGACGGUCCAAGGAGAAAUGAGAAUGUUUUGAGGGCAAAAAUUGGUUCAAUUGAGCAUUGGAUAUUGGCGUACUCAUUACCUGCAUUUGGUUUGAAUGAAGGGUUUGACAGGACUGUUGUUAUGCUCAGUCAUACACAGGCACUUAAAGAAGGCAGUCAUGGCACUGUUGAAGUCAGUCACCCUUGUUUAAGUUCUGGUUUUGUUAAGAACUAUACUUGUGGCGGUUGCUUCAGGAAAAAAGUUAGUGAUAUUAAAGAUUUUAGCACUUUAUCUAGAGAAAAUGAGGCCCACUCCGUAAUUUUAGUAGGAGACCCUAAUUGGGAGAAGUGCAAAGGUCUUUCCAGAGCUGUUGCUGUUAAUUUUAGCAAUCCAGAUUGGUCACACUUAGAUAAUGGUUCAGUUUGUAGCUUGUCUUUUAUUAACGGCAAAGACGUACUAUAUCAUGAGGGUCGUGACCACUCAAGUGCACGUUUUCAUGCUUUAUCUGGGUUUUAUGCUGUUUACAAUAUUUUGAACUUGAGCCCAAGAGCAAACUUGACAAAGAUCUGGGAGAAAGGUCAGCAGUUGUGUGAAAGAUCAUGGACGGGAUCAAAUAAUUAUGCUGAGCAGUAUUGUUUCAAAGUGCCAUAUCUGGCAUCACUUUUUGAGGAUGCUCUUUGUGUUGCUGAUAAAGAGAUAAUUUUUGGUCCUGGGAACAUUUCGUGGACGCUAGGAGCAGGGCUAAUGGAAGUCAAGUUAAGCUGCCUAUGCCCGGCAGGAAGAUAUCUGCUGUUGGAUCAUCUUUACCUUCUUACAUACGUUCAAGACGACAGCCUGCCUAAUUAUAGUUUUAGUUAUGGUUUUGGUUGCAUACAUGAUUUUUGCUUCUGUUCACUUGGUGCAGUUGUUUUAUAAGGUAAUAUAAUUCAUUUAUUAAGCAAAGUAUUUUGUGUUAGAUAACAUCAGAGGAAGCUCCAGAUAUCUCGUGUGAGUUAUUUCUAGUAUCCUCUGAAUCUUAAUCGUCAAAUUGCUAUUCCCGUCUGUUACAAUUUCAAAUGACAAAUGUAUACUUGUAUUCAACCGAGCAUAAAGAAAGUUGUUACAAGGUUCGAUCAAUCUUCUUCAAGUAUUCUGCAGGUGAAAAAUACUAUUAUGUAGCCCGGAUCGGAGCCCGGAUCCCUUUUUCAGGCAAUGGAUGAAAAAGAUAUAUAUUACAGAUUGUUUAAGUUCUCUCUGUUAUCGCCGCAAUCGUUGGCGGAUGAAAGCAUGAGUUUGCCUCCAGAGGUCAAGUGCUUGAGCAUCAUCAUUUGCAGAUGACAGUUUAUAACGUGCCUGUAAUGAAGCCUUUAUGAUCUCUGAUAAUCCCAGUCUUGACGAUGCCCGGAUGUACUGCAUUCACAGUGACAUUCACUUUCCUCAACUGUUGGUUUUUCAUCAAACAUUUGUAUCAGAAAGAGGAAGUGCAUAAACACUAUUUCUGGUACAUCUGAUUCCACUUUUUUAAAAAAAAAAUUGAUGCUGCUUCUCUGAUGUACCUUCAUUUGUCUUGCCAGUUCCUUUGCGUGCAAUAUAUUAGCCAGUUUUGAUUGAGCAUAUGCACGAGUGCUGUUAUAACUGUGUCACAAGCCAUAACUAAGCAAAGCCCUUUACCGUAUUAUGAAAAAAGGUAGAUGCUGAGUAUAACGUUAAGAGAAAUGUCAGGGACCCCGAUAUGGUUCCCGAAUGCUUAGUUGGUGUAUUCACCACUUAGCAUUCUGAAACCUUUUCGGGAUCCCUAGCAUUGCUCUAAAGUUAAAGAAUAAUAAUUACUUGCUUGGCUGUAACAUUUGGUUGAAUUUGAAGUGGUGUCCUUUGGCCCAGCUAUGAAUCACAGAUGAAACAUUUACUAUUCUUCCCUGCAUCCCUGUCUCUGCUGCUGUCUCUGCCAUUUUCUCCAGCAGCAAUUCCGUUAGCAAAAAAUGUCCUGCCAUCGAAUCAAAUAAUUAACCAGCAUGUCGUGACCUAAGUCGAUACACCAACAGUGUACUCUUACCUUUCCACAACCGAUGGUCAUAUGCGAUAGCUCGACAUGAACAUCAAAAGAGCGAGAAUCAAAACCUUAGGAGGUUAUAUACAUACCCAGAUAAUUGGUCGCGAAAGUCAUUUCAACUUUUUCUUCAGACAGCUCCAUUUUAUUUGCGAAUUUGCCAGCAUUGUUUCUGUUUCCAGGCUCAUCAUUAGCAAGAACAUAUCGCGGCCUCAUUCUAUUCAAAAUUUUGAAACUGACAAAAUAUUUUGAGAGAAACAAAUGGGAAACUGACAUUAGGAUGUUGAGGGGCAAAUUUAGCGACAGAAACUGCGAACAAAAUCGCUGGAUAGAGGAAAAGGAGCCCAAAUCAAUCUCCAGCAAGAUAAUCUCAGCUUCUGGAUUCUCCUUUAGUAUCCUUUCUUUAACCUGAUAACCCUUUUUCAAGUCUCUAGCUGGAAUCACAAUUCUCACCCCUGUCAUGGCUAACACUCUUGCUGUCUCUGCUCCGAUCCCAGACGUUGCUCCUGUUUAUCAAUAUCAGAAAGAACAUAAGUUACGAAUCCAUAAAAACAGAGUGAGAGCCUUCUUUUUGAUAAUUAAGCAUACUCACACACCCGUCUUUGUCUUUGACAGGAUCCGAAGACCUGACCUCAGGAAGAUAUCUUGCUUAGCAGAUUCCUUAAUGACACAGUUUUCUUCCAUGCAAACACGACACAAAAUCACGUUUAAGCGAUCACAUACCAGUAAUAAUCGCAGUAAGACGAGAGCAAGACCGGAAUUCUUGUGCCACCACUUGCUCUGCAGUUGUGCUAGAGCCAUAACCACUCAGACCUGCAACUCCUGCCAAGUACUUAACAGUCUCCUUCACCAUCUCACACACUUGAACUCCAAGUGACAUCGUUUUCGAGAUUAUUCCAGCAACAUACAUGCACAAACUACAUAAAAUCCUAAUGCAAAUCUGUAGAUUUAACAGAAUUGCAGAUAUUAUGCAGCUAUGAUCAGCUACUCUGUGGACCAUGAUAUAGAUUGUCAUGGUGUAGUGAAAGAGAUGAAGAAUGAUUUGUUGAGUCCACUAGGACUAGAAGCACAUAAGCUUCAAGCAUGCAAUGUUCCACUAAAUACUCUUUUUCUUUCUUCUGCAUUAAUAUUUUCGUUUUGGAAAUAAUUGUUGUCUGUUCUUUUUGUUGCUUUUUCUUUUUUGGUGAAAAACUGAAAAGUUGGUUGUUGCUGUGUGUAAUUAGUUGAUCUUGUUUUUGA